CGUAACAUAUGAAGAAAUUACACAUAAAGGUGUCUUCUACGUAGUGGUAUAACAAAAUGCAAUAAUUUUUAUAAUUUGAUUUUAUUAUUACCCCGCACAUUACGAAAUAUUUACGUAACACCGUGCUAUAAAAAGUCAUGUAUAUUAUAUCAUAUCAAAAUUAUAGAGUAAUAGUUAUUUUUAAUGUAUCAACUUAAACAAAACAUAAUAUGGUGUGACUUUCGUAAUGAUUAAGACUUAUGUAACACAUACGGAGAGAGACAUUUUUUAAGCAUUAAUCUUUUUAUGUAUGAAUUAAACAAAACAUAAUAGGGUGUGAAUUUUGUAGGGGUUAAGACAUUACGUACAACUUAUGGAGAGAUAGUUAUCUCUUAUGUAUCAAUUAAGAAAAACACAAUAGGGAAUGACUUUCAUAAUGAUUAAGUCAUUGCAUAAAACUUAUCGAUGGAUAAUCGUUUCUUAUGUAUCAAUUAAAAAUUAUUAUGCAAGUCUUUCGUAAUAUAAAUUGUAAUGAUAUUUUAAGGUUGAUUAUCUCAUCAAUUUUCAUUACACAAAAGUUUUAUAAGCUUAGUUAUAUUUUGCAUAAUAGUUUAAUCAAAUGUGAUACUCUUCUUAAUUUAAUUCUCUAAUUAUUUAUUAAAAUUUCUUUAUUAUUAACUACGAUAUUCAAUAUCUCAUCAAUUUGCAUUACAAAAAGAUUCCAUAAGGUAAGUUAACUUUUACAUAAUAUAUAUUAGUAGAAUAUGAUACCUUUUCUAAUUUGAUAUUAUUCCAUAAGGUAAGUUAAUUUUACAUAAUAAAUAUGAUAACUUUUCUAAUUUAAUUUUAUUAUUAGACCACACAUUACAUAAACUAAAUUAUAAAUACAUUACGUAAAACGGAGGGUAGUUAUUUCAUAUAUUUUAGUUAAGCAAGUAUAUUACAUAAAUCUCACCACUGUGAAGCGCGGGCCAAAAAACUAGUUAAAUUUAUAGUGAAAUAUUUUCUACCCCUAGCCCCUCCUGCCGACAAGUUGGCUCCGCCCAUGAUUAGCACCCUACUCAAUCCAUACUUGCCCUCCUCCUAGCCAGCUUCAAAAGGGUGUUUGUUCUGACGCCGUGGGUGGUCCGAUCUAGCAUGAAUGUACGUGACGGGACUCCUCCGAUCCUUUCCUUCCAACAUAGAUUUUUAGAAUAGUUUCUCGUGUCGUUAAUUGAGCUUCUUAGAGAGUGGUACACAAAACUCUUUAGAUUUUUUGUUUAGAGUUGGUGUUGUUUUAUUUUAUAGUCAAGUUUUAGUAGGCUUUUGAUUAUGUAGUCAUGAUCCAAUUCAUGUCAACUGUAACCAGUGAAUGCAUAUAACAAAUAAUCGGUAAACGAGGAGAGUCAUUAGGCUAGUUAAGCAUAAAAGUAGCAAAAAAAGAUAUACUCACCUGUCUCACCAUCUAAAACGACGGGAUACGUGACUCUAAAAACGGACAACUUUACCACAAAACCUAGAAAACGAAAAAACGAUAUAGAGAAUCAAAUCGUUCACUAUAGCCUAUAAAUACACACCACAAUUUACUCUAGCUUCACAUCCGAAAAAACACCAAGCAAACAUCCCCCCCAAAAAAAAACUCACUAAGAAUCAUUUUACAAACAACCAAAGAGACGAUGAAGCCCAUUACGUUUCUCGUGGCUAUAACUACCGUCGCAGUCGUUCUCUCCACCGCCAGGGCAACGUCGUCGCCCGGUACGUGGCAGCCGAUAAAGAACCCAAACGACUUUCGUAUCAGGAUGGUCGCGGAGUACGCAGUUUUUAUGCACAACUUCAAAACCGAGUUCAAACAUCCGUUGAGACUUGUGGACGUUGAUAGUGGCAGCAUCCACCAGUUCAAAAAUGGGGUGAUCUACACGCUCAUCGUGAGUGCGGCUCAAGCCGACAACCUCAGCUCCAAGGGGUCUCUAUACCAAACGGCCGUUCGCGUGAGCCUUGAUCGUACCGCCGGUGGGCUAAUAUAUUUCAUGCCUGUAAUGUAAUCCACUAAAAUCCGUCAAGUUCACCAUAUGUUAGUUUGAUUAAAUAAUUAAUUAGAAGUUAAAUAAGCUUUUGUCGCUCUAGUAAGUUAUGUGAUUAACUGAUCAUGUCCUUAAUUGUUAGCAUCAAAUAUUUUAGUUUCUUUCAAAUCGUUCCAUAUAUCUAAAUGUGGUUCUAUACUAUUGCACCAAAUGUCAUUAACAAACGAAGAGCAACACACCAUAUAAUUAAGAGACCUAGGGCACGUUGAGGAAUGUUUCGAAUAUGAGAUUUCUGUAUUGAAACCAUACCAGCGAUUCUUAUAAAUCAUUAUAUCUAGUUUCAUUCUGUCCAACAUCCACAGUAUAGCGCACAGAGAGCGAUGGAUCAUUCCGACUUUGUGUGAAUCCAAAUUGCGAAAUAGUACCAUGAAAUUUCACAACCUAAACUCGUGAACCUUGUUUGAGACCAUAUAAGAAUUGGACUGAUUUACUGAAUUGAUUCGGCACAUUAUUCGUAAUGGAAUUUAGUCAAUUACAGUAAAAAGUUUGUUCAAUAGUAGUAUAUUUGUGUAAUAAAUUAAUAUCUGUCAUAUUCUCGGUACUUAUGAUAGUAGUGUAACGCAUUAAAUAAUUAUGUAAUUACCAUUAAAGAAUAUGUAAUUGCUUUUACCCAAAAAAAUUAUGUAAUUACCAUAACCUCCCAAUAAAUAUUGGUAAUUGCUUUAAAUAUCACGAAUAACGUACGCCCAUCCACUCCACAAUAUAUAACUACUAGCUUUUACUCGGCCUUUGGCCGAAUGAGUUUCGCUUUAUCAUUAAUAUUGGUUAAUUUAUAAUUAUAUUUAAAAUAUUAACCCGAUUCGUUGGUCGGAUGAAUUUUAUUUUAUUUUGAUAAAUCUCUUCAUGUUAUUAAAUAAGUUGAGGUUUCUAAAAUAGUUAUUUCAUUAUUUCAAAGUAAUCUUUAUGGUAUUUGUUAAUUAUGACAUUACCGAUAAUGAGUUAAUAUGUACUUUUUUAUCAAGUCCUUCUAAUUUACUGUUGUGUAUUUUUUUCAUAUCUUAGAAGAAAUUUGUGGACUUUUUAUUGUCGGAUAUGAAGUUGGAGUUGAAACAAAAUAUAUGUAAUCUAGAAUGGUAAGAAUUGAAGAUAUAUAAAAAAAUCAAGAGAAUAACGAAAAGAUUAUGCCUAGAAAUCUCUAAUAUGGAAGAACACGAAAACAUAAUGCUUAUUGUAUAACUUAUUAGAAUUUAGUGUAUAGGCUUGAUUGAAUAAUAAGUCGAGAUUAUU